UGGAACUGCCUGUUGUAUGAACAGAGAGAGAUAUCGUGGGACAGCGACGCAUCAGAGUGGUCGUGUCCGCUUCGGGGAUAUUCUAUUUGGUCGUUUUUUUUCUUCCGUGUUGGUGAAAACUGACUACUAAGACUGACGGAAGGAAGGACUUGUCCAUUCUAAGGAAAGUAUUUAAGGGCAGAAGAUUGGAUCAAGGAAUGUUCACAUUUGAAAGAAUCCUUCCUUUUUAAAGACAUUAAUUUGAUCUGAUUCGGGGAACCUCUGCUGUCGUUGGUGUAUUUGGAUUAAAACAGACCGGGUACUUAUACUUGAUUAAUUGAUUUUCUCACCGUACAUAAAUGUAUUUCGACUGGCACCUACACGUUCCCUGCCCUCGCACCAACUCUGCGCCACCCCGAUCCAGAUGAACAAUUUUCCUGGUGGAUCAGAAGCGCAUUUACGCAGUCUGUCCUCUGAGUGCACUGGUACAGAAAGUGGUAAUUCAUCCCAGAUAGGAACGAAAAGACGGUUGAUUUCCCUACGUUCUCCCACAGACCCAACGCGCCAGGCUAAAAGGCUUCCCAUUCGGAUUCUAAAGAUGUUGACCGCACAUAGCGGCCACUUGCUACACCCGGAGUAUCUCCAGCCCCUGACUUCCGCGCCAGUAAGCAUUGAGCUGGAUGCCAAGAAGAGUCCCCUGGCCCUGCUGGCUCAGACCUGCUCUCAGAUUGGCAAGCCAGACCCCCCCUCCUCAUCCAAGCUGGGUUCCCUCUCUAGUGAAAAAGACCCAUCCGGACGCUCUUCCAGCUCCAGCCACAAGUCUGGAGACCAGCACCAAUCCCUGGAGGAUAAGUCCAGCUUCAAACCUUACAAUAAGGCUGGAGGGGAAUGCCGUAAGGAUGGGUUGGUGGCCAAGAGCACUACAGACAAAGCUGGCUUCAGGGUGCCCAGCAGUGGAUCCGGGAGCGGCAGCUCUUGCCCGUCCUUUCCCCCACACGCCACCUCCCCCAGCUCCAGCUCCCCUCCUCUGCACUCCCAGGGCCAGUCACACAGGCAGACUCAGUCCCCCUCAAUGCAGCAGCAGCCAUCACACUCUCAGAACCUGCACAUGGACAACAAGCCUGUAAGCUCAGACCAGGCUAGCUCUGACAGUAACAGCAGUACCGGCAAAAAAGACUCUGAUCACACCAAGGAGAGGCUAGACGGGGCCCAGCUAGCCAACUCCAGUCACAUGCGAGCUAGUGCCAACUCCAGCAAUGCCAGCUCCGCUAGCAGCCCCCGGCCAGAGAGCAAGCCUGACCCGCAGUCCUCUCAGCCUGGACUAGUCUCCGGACACAUUGCCCCAGUCUCCCCCUUCAAACCUGGCCAUUCUGUUUUCCCUAUGCCCCCUGCCUCCAUGGGCUACCACGGCUCCAUAGUGGGAGCCUAUGCGGGAUACCCCUCUCAAUUCCUGGAUCAUACCAAGUCUAGUCUAGGGAUGGGGAUCCCAGGGAAGCACCCCAGCUCCAGUCCCCUCACCGGGGCGUCACCUCCGUCUCUCAUGCAGGGUCUAUGCAGGGACCCGUACUGUCUGACUUACCCCAAUGCCCCACAUCUAGGAGGAAGCAACUGCAAUACCUGUGUCCACGACCCCUCCUCCCUAAAAUCGGGUUUCCCAAUAAUGUACCCAUCACACCACCUCCAUUCCCUCCACCCGAACUCUCUGUCUUCCACCAACCCCACCCUAUCCCACCCGCUGUACACCUAUGGCUUCAUGCUGCAGAAUGAGCCCCAGCCCCACGCCUGUAACUGGGUGUCAGUAGGAGGGCCGUGUGACAAACGUUUCUCCACAUCAGAGGAGCUGCUGGCCCAUCUGCGUACUCACACAGCUCUCCCUGGUGGACUAGAAAGUAAGCUCCUCUCUGCCUACCCCUCCUCUGUCUCCUCAGCUGCCUCCUGCCACCUACACCUUCCACAGCCUGGCAGCCCCGGCAAUCUGCCCAGCUCCUUCUCCCUGCGGGGUUCACCUGGCCUGAGCCUUGCCCGCUACCAUCCUUACUCCAAGGCCCACCUGCCCGGAGCCCCAGGCCUGCCAAUGCACUCCCUGCAAGCCUCCUCCCCCUACUACUCCCCCUACGCUCUCUACAGCCAGAGACUGGGCUCAGCCUCCGCCCUUGGCUACCAGUGAUGUAACACGACAGAGAUGACAGAACAGGCACGAGCUGGACACCUCCGAAAUGCACAGUGGAUGGAUGGACCAGGCUCGAUAUGGACAGAAGGGGUCCUUGCCCGUCUCUAGAACAAGGAGGCCUCGGCCUGCCCGCCUGGAAUACCCCCUGUUAAGACACAGGAUUCAGAAUGUCAUUUCAAUGGCAUGAGACCCCAAUGGUGAUGGCUGGUCAGCAUUACAGGGUCAGAGACAUUGGUGUGUGGACCAGACACCUGUCUGAGAAAAGAAAGAAGCUUGAAUUUGGUUGGAUGAUAUUGUGGGAUUUCAAUGGCUUCUUGAUUUUAUUUUACAUUCUUUUUUUGUGAUCCCUACCAGGACUGAAGCUGUGUAUUUAUUUUUCACUUGAGCGCUUGGCAUUCAAAUUUGCAGAAAGUUUGCUAUACAAAUGAAUUGUUCAUAAUUGUUCACUAAUUGAAAUAUUUUAAUGAUAGUAUUAUUAUGCAUAUCAUACAGUCUUUAAAUAAAGUUUUGCACCAUGGCAUAUACGGACGUUGUUUUUUUGUUUGUUUUUGCUUAAAGUUUUUCCCCCGUCCUUUUUUUCUGAAGGAAUUAGAUUUUCUUCUACUUUCCUCAAUUUCUGCUGUAAUAUUAUUAUUUUGUGGCUAUACUCUGGUGGAGAAGCGCAUGUCCUGACAAUGAACGUCUUCUUGAUGAAUUGCCAUUCAUUUUGUAUUUGUACAUAAGAAAAUAUGUAAUAUUUUUUCAAGUGUUAUUGAGUUAGCUCUUUGCCACUGAAAGGGGAUUAAUUCAAACAAAUUUCCAACACUUAACGAUGGUAGUCCAUCUGACAGGGAAGUCUUAUUUUGUUUAAUAAAUGAUACUUGAUUGCA